AUUUCUCAUUAACGGUGAACUCAAAUUGACAGCUGGUCAAUUCAGAUAAACAUCGAGCAUCCCUUGAUUGUUUGUGACUGUACAUGUAGUAUUAAAUUGAAUGAUAUUCAGACUUACACGAAACUACAAAUUCAAUCAGCAUGGAUGGUUAUAUUCCCUACUGUGCUUUCGUAGUAUUAUAUAUUUUUAUGAAUGCUGAAGCCAAACUGUUCACACCAAGUCAAAGGAGUCCUCGAAUAGAAUUUAUUGACAACAAAGGAAUUUAUACUGAAGCCAGUUACUAUGCUUUAACGUUAAAUCUUACAAGCGACGAACAUGCUUCACCCUUAAGCUACAGUAGUCUACGUCCAGGGCAAGCGACAUCAACUCAUAGUUGUGACAACGUCAGAAGGGUUCCAGAUUCUCUCAGAAGAGCUUCCAACAUACAACCAAACGGACUUUCAAAUUUUUAUCAGAAGUACACUGAAGCAUACGGGAUUCCAAUUUUAGCAUCAAGAAAUGUUCCUGAUGACGCAUUGAAACGUGCUUGUUAUAUAACCAGAUUUGUGUUUGCUGAUAACUAUGCUGUGCGUAAUUCCUUUUACAAAAGAUCAGGGAGGACUGCAGUCAUAGGACAACGUGAAGGAACGACUAACAUCCCUGAGCACAGUUUUCUUCCUGCAUGGUGGAAUCAACGAGCACGUGGAUUAGGAGCUACAGACUAUGCACCAGUUUCCACUGGGGGAGAGGAGAACUUAUUGUGCUAUCAAAAUGAUCGAUACCGGAGUGAAGAUAUAUAUCUUCACGAAUUUUCGCAUGGUGUCCACAAUUUAGGUGCAAAGUAUGCAAUUAGUGGAUGGAAUCAAAGACUAAUAAGUCAAUAUGCAAACGCUAAACGCAGAGGUCUUUGGGCUAGAACUUAUUCCAUGAGUACAGUGGAGGAAUAUUUUGCAGAGGGUGUUCAGAGUUUCUUCAAUGUGAACGACUAUAGCAAUCCACCGAAUGGUAUCCAUGGAACUAUUGACACAAGAGAUAAACUAAGAACAUAUGAUCCUGUCUUGUAUGGUCUCAUAGUGGAAGUGUUUCCAUGCAAAAAUACAUAUUUGAAGAGAUGUGGCUCAAGUAGAGCUUCUGAAGCGGCCCAGAAAUUCAAAAUAAACUGUGACAGUAACGGUGGCGGAACAGUGACUGGAGGCGGUAAUGGUAAUGGUGGGGGUACAGGCACCGGAGGAGGGAACGGAAAUGGUGGUGGGACCGGUGGCGGGAACGGCAAUGGUGGUGGCACAGGAGAUUGUUCAGAUAGCAAUCCGAGUUGUCAGAGUUGGGCUGCAAGGAAUGAAUGUUCCAGGAACCCUGAGUAUAUGCUGGUGAACUGCAAGAAAAGUUGUAAUAAAUGUAGCGGAACGGGGGGAUCUCUCUGCGAGGAUAACAACAGAAAUUGCCGGAGCUGGGCAUCCAUGGGUGAAUGCAGUAAUAAUCCUGGAUACAUGCUUCAAAACUGCAAGAAAAGUUGCAACUCCUGUUAGGCUUUCUAAACACAAUAUAAUAUCUUAAUAAUGCUUUCAAAAUAAAACCUCUAGCU